CCAAGUUUAUUUCGGAUUAUUCCAACGGAAGAAUACAAGGCGCAGGGAACUUUGAGGAAAGUCGUAAACAAUCAGUCAUGGCCGACAUCAGCGCAUCAAACACAGGUUUUGCCUUGGAGCUGCUCCGCACUCUGAGCCAAGCGAGUCCCGCUGGAAACAUCUUCGUCUCCCCGCUGAGCAUCAGCUCCGCCCUGGCUAUGGUUUACCUGGGGGCCAAAGGAGACACCGCUGCUCAAAUGGCAAAGGCGCUGUCAUUCAGCUCUGGUGAAAGCGUCCACGGAGACUUCCAGACACUGAACGGCGACAUCAACUCACCCUCCGCCUCAUACAUCCUCAAACUAGCCAACCGCCUUUACGGAGAAAACACUGCCAACUUCCUCCCGCUGUUCCUCAAAGCCACUCAGAAGCACUACCAGGCCGACCUGAAGGCCGUGGAUUUUAUGGGGGCUCCAGAGGCAUGCAGAAUGGAGAUCAACAGCUGGGUGGAGCAGCAGACGGAGAAUAAGAUUAAAGAUCUUCUGAAGCCGGGAACGGUCACUCCUAUGACAAGGUUGGCUCUGGUUAAUGCCAUCUACUUCAAGGGAAACUGGUUGAACCGCUUUGAUCCGGCGAACACCAAAGAGAUGUCCUUCAAAGUCAACCAGAAUGAGGCAAAGCAGGUCCAGAUGAUGUACCAGAUGAAGAAGCUGCCCUACAACUACGUUCCUGAGCUCGGGCUCCAGAUCCUGGAGCUGCCGUAUGUGGAUGAGGAGCUCAGCAUGUUCAUCCUGCUGCCCGAGGAGUCGGCAGAUGGCUCUGACCCGCUGCUGAAGCUGGAGAAUGAGAUCACACAGGAGAAGCUUGGCGAGUGGACCAACAGGAGAAACAUGGAUGUCCACUCAGAAGUCCUCGUUCACCUGCCCAAGUUCAAGCUGGAAGAAGACUACGAGCUGAGCGAGCCUUUGGCCAAACUCGGGAUGACGGACGUGUUCUGCGGGGCGAAGGCCGAUCUGUCCGGCAUGAACGGGGAAAGAGGACUGUUCCUGUCCACAGUGGCCCACAAGGCCUUCGUGGAGGUGAACGAGGAGGGGACGGAGGCGGCCGCGGCCACCGUAGUCACGGUACUGUUGUGUAGUUUUAGGGAGGAGCACUUCACAGCGGACCACCCCUUCAUCUUCUUCAUCAGGCACAAUAAAACCAAGGCCAUCCUCUUCCUCGGGAGGUUCUCGUCUCCUCAGUAGACAGAAUCAGCAGAUGAAGAUUUUAGUCCAAUAGGAAAAAAAAA